AUGGCACGUCACUACUACGAAGACGAAGAUCUCGACAUCCAUAUAUCCCGUGAAACGUUAACGCGAGGACGAGAUCCCGUCCCCACAAUCCCAUACCGAAGACCACAACCACAACAUAAUCCCGUUCCCUCCCCAGGCUACCGGUACGGAACAUCCACCUAUCUCGCCCCAGAGGUAUCUUCCAUCCGACGAGCCCAUUCAACAGGUCAUCGGGAACGAUCUCCUUUUCCUCCUCCUCCACCACCAGUUGCUCCUGCUCCUAUCGCACAGCCUAUCAUCGUAGACCAGCGACGGAUUUACAAUGAUUUCGAUAGCGACAGCGAUGAUUCUUCCGUGUAUGAAACUCAUCGUGCGAGAAGUAGAUUAAGUGUAGCAGAUGGAGGGAGACGCAAACAUCGAAGUCAUAGCCGUCAUAGUCGUCAUGUGAGUACUUCGCACAGUGGGACAUCAUCUAGACGAGAGAGUUUCACACGUGAAGAAUUUGAAUUGGAGAGGACGAGGGCGGAGUUGGAGAGGAUUAGGAUGGAGAAGGAGCGGGAGAGGAGUGAGAGGUUGGUGAGGGAUCUGGGGAGUUGGCGAGGGGCGGAGACGGAGAGGGAGAGGAAUGAGGUUGUUGAGGGAGGAUAUUGAGUUGAGGAUGACGAAGGGGAGUUGGAACGGUAUAAAUGAACGGAGGAGAAGGAGAGGGAAAGAAUGAGAGGUGAGAGAAGAUCGAAUGACAAAUGGAACGAUAUAAAGGAGAAAGAGAUGGAAAAGAAGGAAAGAAUAAAGAAGAAUCGAGGAAGAAAAAAAUGGAGAAAGAAAACGUAGUCAAGAGGAAAAAGAAAGAGCCGAGAGAGAAAUCAGAGAUACAUACGAACGAAUGAAACGCAUGGAACAAGAACGACACGAGCGAGAAAACAAGGCACGCGAAGAAACGAUCGAAAAGUACAAGAAAGAAGAAGCCGAGAGGGCAGCUCGAGAACGCAAAGAAAAAGAAGAGAUAAUUGAGAAAUUCAAAAAACAAGAAGCCGAUCGAUUAGCGCGAGAGAGACAUGAGAGGGAAGAAAGAGAAAGGGAAUAUCAACGACGUCUUCAUGAGGAUCUUCAUAAAGCCGGUUUGAACGAACAACAAAUCGUAGCUGUGAAAGAAGGGAAAGCUCUUCCGCCACCCGUGGUUCAGAUGCCUGCUCGUCCUCCUCCUACUCCUUCUCCAGUACAGCAUGCUCAUCCGCAGUAUCAAAUUCAACCUGCGGGUCCAAGACCAACUUAUACCAGAAUGUCGAGGAAACAUUUGUCGCUUGAAACAUUACGUGUUUAUGGAAUUUCAUACGAAUUUGAUAGAGAGGUAAAUACCCGCUUUCCCAUACCUUUCCCCAAAACCCCUUCACCACUCUCCCCUUGAAAAAAAAGAAACCCCUCCGCUAACCCCACCCCAAGGACCCCGAAUACCUCCUAAUCAAACGCUGGGUGCCCGAAGAAGAACAAGACAUCCUGUGGACACACACACGACAACUACGGGAAACACGAAGCCCAGCACCGCAAAAACAACUACAGCAACAACAGCAUCAACACACCAUCGAAUACGUCAAGGAAUACGUCGUGGAAGAUCGUCAUAAGAAGAAACAUCAUCGGAAAAGUGAUGAUUUGCAGUUGGUUAUUGAGAGGAAACAUAAGCGGGGACAUAGUCAUGCUGGGAGUAGGAGUCCGAGUCCUUGGGUUAGGUGGGCGGCGGGGAGGUAAUUGGAUGGUUGGGAUGGAGGGGAGUGGGCCGGAAGGGAGGGGAAUAGAUGGAUGUGCUUACCAUAUGUUGGUGGAAGCGGGUUAGAGGAGAUGAUGAUGAUGGGGGAGGUGAUGGAUGGGUAACGGCGAAAUUGAAAGGAUGGAGUGAGCAGGUGGAUUAGGACCGGGGUUAAAGGUUUUGGUUAAAGGUUUUUGGUUUUUAAUGAGGGAUGAGUGAUAAGAUAAAUGAUCUGGAUGGAGCAAGAGUUUGAUGAUGAGAAUGCUUCCUUUCUUUCUUUCUUUCUUUCUUUCUUUGUUUGUUUGUGUGUUAGUGUGUUUUAUUUUCUUUCUUGGAUGAACUCUCAUCCCUUUUUCUAUGUACUGAGCUUGAAUACCCACAAUAUAACGAAUGGCAUUAACGAUCAUGAAAUAAGAAUAAACAAUCAAACAAAACAUGCAGAAAAUAAAGUGGAUAUCAUAAUUUUAUCUAUGCUGAAAAGGUAAUCAUACAAACUCCCAAAUCAAUAAUGAGUAGUGAAUCGCCCGGCUUUCCUCGCCCCCUUCCCCAAGAUCAAACAAUCACCUCUUCUCCCUUCCAAGCCAAUUCAGCCCUUCUAAUAAGUUCCUCGUAAAUCGUCCAAGCCAAUGCAGAACUAACCGCCUUCCUCCCCAUCCUCAAACCUAACCCAUCAAAAAGACUCUUCACUCCCUCCUCCCCUACCAUCUUCCGUCCCGCCAUAACCAAAUUCGUAUAUUUCUUCGGCUGCAACUGGAUCCUCGUUUUAAUCGCAUCAAAGGGAUUCGUUAUGGCAGUUGCCAAACCCGCUGCUAAUACCCCCGA